GGGGCUGUGCGUCAUGUGGAAUUCAGAUUUCAUGAACUCAAAGACCUUUGGAGAGGAAUUCUUGUAUCUGCAGCUUCCAUUGGUAGGUGAAAGUUGAAACAACAUAUUGAGGAAUGAAGUUAAAUUGAGUUAUGUUGUCUCGAAUAACCACUUUCCCAAUAUGGUCCAAGCAUCUAAAGAGUAAAGAUAUUCUUACACCAAUUGGAAGCACCAGCAUAAUGCUAUAUGAAGUAUUUGUAAUAUCAGUCAAGGAAAAACCACAGGAGGAAAGUAUCUAAUUCUGGUGUACUGUUAGUUAAAGUGGCUGACUUUCUGUCGUCUACAUGAAUUUGACCGUCUUGACUGAAACAACAAUCUACAUUACUUCUCAUGCAUUUCCCUCAAGUUGGUGAUAAGCCAAAACAUGGAUAUCCAGUUGGUUACAGAUAAAAUCUUAUCUAAAAUCUCAGAAAAGAUUUGUUAAUAAUUGUAGCUUGAUAUACAAGGUUCAGAUAAGAGGUAGGAAUCAGAGACCACAAAAGCUUCAACUGUAGGAUCUGUCUGUUAACUGUUAGCCGCUUUAUACCUCUUUUAAUACAAAGGGGAGGUUAUGAACCAUUUGGUUAAAACCCACUUUACAGUUAGUAUUAUCUAAAUAGAGAAAUGAUUUUAAAUAUUUUUUACGAAAGACUUUUAUUUAAGUUUUUUAUUUAGUCAAAAUUAAAAACAUAAAAUAAGAAUAUAUAUUAAACCUUUUGUUCAAUAUAAAUAGAGUUAAACCAAAAAAAGGGAAGAGGAAAAGAGAGUUCUGGUUAUAUUUGAGAGCUAUAUGGGCUAUAUGAGAGAUAGUUUGAUGAAUAUAAUUUUUUGGUAAGGAUAUUUUGUCUUGUAAAAAAUAAAUUUUUGCUUAUAUGAGAGACAGUUUAAUGAAUAUAAUAUUUUGGUAAGGAUAUUUUGUCUUGUAAAAAACAAAUUUUUGCUUCUGCUUCUCGAAAGAAGCAGAAACUUGUAGCUUCUUUGCGACAUCAGAAAAACUACUUAUGUUGUUGCGCACAUGCACUUUUUAUUUUUGGCCAAACAUGUUAAAUUUUUUAAAAAGUUCUUUUGACUUCCCAGAAGCUUGGCUUGGCUAAACAGGCUAUAAGUAGAUGUGAACCAAAGUUCUGGAUGCAAAUGUCUCGGUCAUGUAAAUUCACACGAAUUUUGUGUUAUAGCUUUGAAUACAAGACUUUGGGGCUUGGGCUUGGUUCUAAGGAAGCAGGUUAUCUCUUGCUUAUAGACAAGACUUUGUUUACUCCAAGAGCAAACAAUGCCCCCUACACUGUUCUUUUAAUAUAUUUUCUUCAUUAUGAUGAAAAUUGCAACUUAUACGUUUAUUGUAAUUUUGUAAUGUUGAAAUUUUAGUUUCAAAAAAAUUAGAGCAACGAAAGUUGGUCAAAUUGACCCUCAUUAGGAAAAAAUUGCGACCAAACUGGGACAGGGAACAGGGGCGUAUAAAGAGAUAUUUUUUUGUUGGACUUGGAUAUCUUGCUCACAAACAUGUAUGUACUGUCCGUUCUAUGUGACCAGAUGCACACCUACAAAGGGCAGCCCGGUGCAUUAAGCUCCCUCUAUGCGCGGGGUCCGGGGAAGGGCCGGACCACAAGGGUGUAUCGUAUGCAGCCUUACCGUGCAUUUUUGCAAGAGGCUGUUUCCACGGCUCGAACCCGUGACCUCCUGGUUACAUGGCAACAACUUUACCAGUUAUGCCAAGGCUCCCCUUCAGAUGCACACCUACAAUUUCUCAAUAUUUUCAAUCACUGCAUCUCUGACAUUUAUGACAGUCAUCCAGUAACAAUAUAUUAUGGCAAUGUUUUACUUGCUUUUUCAAACUACAGAUUAGAAUAGCGCAUAGCAUCCGACGCAAGGAUGCUUAGAUACUGCUUUCAACAUUCAGCGAAUGUUCAACUUCCUGGACUUGUUUUUAGGUAGUUGAAAUGCAAUCAUACAGUUGCUUCAUAGUUUCCUCUUUGUUAAUAGUACCACGCAAAAUGUAUUUUCCAUACUUUGAAAAAAGAUGCAAAGAAAGACGAUGAUGCUACAGAUGAUGUCAACUUGGCUGCAAAGAACUACUCACUUUUCUAGCCUUAUGCACGCCUGAUCCUGACUAAUCGCCUUCGAACUGAACACCCAACAAGUGCCAAGAUAGCACUACUAGAGCAUGGGACUUCUGAAGCAUUUGUAUAAAGGUUGGAGAUAAUUUUUCACAAUAUUCUAACGUCGUGAAGCAUGGUAUUGUCUCUAGCUACAUAUAUCCCAGUAGAUGUCCAGAGGUGCUUGCCCACUCUGCCCUUCUGUCAUGUGAUGGUGCUCAGUUACUAAAUCUUAUGGAAAGGAAUCUGAUUGGCCUCAAGUUCGUGAUUAUCGUUAAAUAGUUCAGAGAUUAUUGCUAUAAGGUUCUGUAGUUCUUUCUUUUUAAGUAAUAUAUGAAGCCAUAAAAAGUAAGCUCUGUAAUAUCAUAACUUGUUUUUUAGUUUAAAUAUUCAUGUGUUUGUUACAUCAUGCUUUAUUCAAAUACAUAUUUUAUGGCUUUCAUCUAUGUCUGCUUCCACAUUCACUUGUAGUUCAAAGCAUAAUAGAUCAAUAAUGAUUUUUCGUCUUAGACAUUUCCCAAGAUUUUUUUUUUUUUUUGCUGAUAUCACUGUCUGUUUUCUGUCUCAAGGAAUUUGGGUGGCUGCUUAUGUUAUGAAUGAAGUUCGCGAGGAUAUAUCAUGGCUAGAAAUUGCCUCUAGAUUUUUGCUAUUGGUUAUGACAAGUGUCCUUGUGCUGGCAUUCUUCUCUUUCUCAAUUUCUCAACCUCUUAUCUCACUUAUGAGCUUGAGGAAGAAGGAUCAUAAGGAGUACAAGACAAUGAGCCAGGCAUUAGGCAUACAUGAUAGUGGGAUUCAUCUACAGAGGGAACCGAUAAGCAUUAUAGAUCCAGAUGAACCUUUGGAUAAGCUCCUGCUGAACCGAAGGUUCCGGCAGUCCUUCAUGGAAUUUGCAGACAGUUGUUUGGCUGGGGAGAGUGUCCAUUUCUAUGAUGAAGUGCAACAGUUUGAUAAAAUUCCUAUUCAAGAUCCAGUUAGGAGAAUUUACAUGGCACGCCACAUAAUAGAGAAGUAUAUAGCUGCAGGAGCACCAAGGGAGGUGAACAUUUCUCAUAGAAUUCGGCAGGAAAUUUUGAGUUCUAAUGAUCUCUCCCACGCUGAUCUCUUCAAAAAUACUCUAGGUGAACUGAUGCAGCUGAUGAAACUGAAUUUAGCAAAGGAUUACUGGUCAUCGAUGUACUUCAUGAAGCUGAAAGAGGAGGUCAAUAUGAGAACAGUUGAUCAUGAGCUGGAACAUGCUAGCGGUUGGAACUUUUCUCCAAGAUUGAGUUCUGUCCACUGUAGUGAUGACCCUUUUCAGCAUGAACAUAGCCCCAGGAAUUCUGCUUGCCAUAGCCAUAAUUCAAAACUGCAAUGACAAAACAUGUGAGGGGGUCAUAGCGUUCCAACUUGAUGGAGUCGCAUAUAUUAGGCACUGAACAGGAAGGGGAGCGAGCCCAAGAAAUCCUGCAUAUCCCAAUCGAUUGAGCAAAAGAUACAUGAUAUUCAAGCUCAAAUGAUGUGCCCCAGCAGCCUGAUUCUCCUGUUCUUAGAUAGCACGAGCCUUCAAAACCAAAAUUUUCUCUGCACAGUGCAGUGGUGUGGCCCAGUCGUGCUGUAUUGGCAAGUUCCUUGCAUGUGAAAACACAGGGCGGCUGUUGGAAGAUUGAUAGUGGCUCCUAGUAUCAAAUAGCGGUGGCAAUUUAUGUUGGCUGGUAGAUCAACAAUGAAUAGGACAUAUAGUUGUGGUUAUGUAGCAUAUUUUUGUAUCCGUUAAGAACUUGCAAGGUGUAUCUUACCAGACUUGUUGUAUAAAUCAACGAGUGAAAUACCUUUGAUAUCCAUUGCUGUCUUAGUUGUGAAAACUAAUGUGGCGUCCCGGAAGACAGCCGUAACAGGAACAUGUAACUUACGGAAAUGAACCAAGUAAAUUGCAGAUUAA